CGCCUUUUUUUUCCCUUCCCGACUGUCUUUUCCUCGACAACACUCCAUCAUCGCAAGUCGGAUCCUCCAUCGCGUCCAUCCUACCUCUGGACUCUCCGUCAACCUGGACGCCCGUCACAGAGGUCAGGCAAUUGCUGGUGCUACCCCUGCCAUGGCGGACCGCCGUCAUCACCACCAUCACCAUGCCCACCGGGCCCCGACGACCGAUGCCUACGAUGCGAACGAAUUGACCAAGCAAUUCGAGCAGUUGAUGCGGACGAAGCGCUUCACCAGUCUUCAGGAACAAUCUCGAGCCAGAUCGCGGACACAGUCGCCCGUGCCCUCAUCACACCUGUCGCCCGGACAGCGACCGCCGCACCCGUCCCGGUCACCACCACCGCCUCCCUCUCCCGCCCAGCACGCCUCGUCCACGCCCGCGGAACAACCCUCUCUCCCUCCCUCGUCGCUCAGAAACCUGCCAAUUUUCCCCUCACCGCCGCAGGAUCCUGCCUCCUUGAAAUUCGCGAGUUUGCUCCAUGUGUUGUCGGUAACUCCGACUCGAUAUGAGAACCCCGGCCUGCUGGACGAGGCGUUGUCGGUCAUCCCGUUGGACAGACUGUAUUCGGACGCGGAGGAGGAAAGCCAGAUUUUGCAAGCUCAGGCUGCCAGUGUGGGAGGAAAGCCCGAGUGGGGGUACCAGGAUUGUGUGAUCAAAUCUCUCCUCAGAUGGUUUCGACGAUCAUUCUUUCAGUUCGUCAACAACCCUCCGUGCCCUCGAUGCCUGCGCCCCACCAUCGCCCAGGGCAUGACACCGCCCACUCCCGACGAGACCGCUCGAAGCGCUAGCAGGGUGGAAUUGUACAGAUGUUCGGAGCCGAGCUGCGGUGCUUAUGAACGGUUUCCCCGAUAUUCAGACGUGUGGCAGCUGCUGCAGACCCGACGGGGUCGUGUUGGUGAAUGGGCCAACUGCUUCAGCAUGCUCUGCAGAGCCGUGGGAGCCCGCGUUCGAUGGGUGUGGAACUCGGAGGACUACGUCUGGACCGAAGUGUACUCGGAGCACCAGAGGCGAUGGGUGCAUGUUGAUGCUUGUGAGGGAGCCUGGGACCAGCCACGGCUAUACACAGAAGGCUGGGGCCGGAAACUGGCAUACUGCAUCGCUUUCUCAAUUGACGGUGCUACCGAUGUUACGCGACGAUAUGUUCGCAAUCACGCCAAACAUGGCCUAGAUCGGACGCGCGCCCCGGAGGCCGUCGUCCUCUGGGUCAUGCACGAAAUCAGGAAGAAGCGACGGGAGAACAUGGCAAAGUCGGAACAACGACGACUCAUGAAGGAGGACGAGCGUGAGGAGAAGGAAUUCCGCGCGUACAUGGCCUCUGCCCUCGCUGCGGAGUUUACGAAUAUGCUCCCUCGCGCCCAGUCCGGACGACCGGACGAGCAGAAGACGCCCGUCUCUCGCGAGGAGGCUGCUAUGGCCUGGCUCAGAGCAAGACAGCAAGGUGGGCAGCAGGGACCAGAUCGAACCGGCGACCAUCGAUAAAACCAUGAGAGCACGUCUCAUUCCUGCUGUUCCUUCGCGUCCGCGCGACUUCGCCUCUGAUCACCUCAUCUACCACCUCUUCAUGCCCUUGACA